AUGGAAGAUACUGAUUCUGUUAAAAAAGUUAAGAAAGUGAAGUCGACUAAAGAUAGAACCAAGAGAUGGAAGAAACAAAGCCCAAUAAACAUCACAAAUGAUAUAACCGAUCAGGACAGCAAUCUGAAAGCAUCAAAGCUUAAAUUUUCCUAUACAAUCGGUGAUCUGAAAACAAUUGAGAUUACUGGUGAAGGAUUCUCAUGCAAAACCAAUGAAAGAUGUACUUCAGAAUUAACUGCGUCACAUCUUCCAGAUGUUUACAAACUUUGGGAAUUUCAUGCUCAUUGGGGAACAGAGAAGCAUUGCGGUAGUGAACACUUAAUUAAUGGGGAAGGCUUUUCCGCAGAGCUGCAUUUUGUUUUUUGGAAUAAAAAAUACGGCGAAUUUACAAAAUGCUUAGACAAAUAUGAUGGAUUGACAGUAUUGGCCAUUUUCAUGCAAGAAGACUCAACUGAUAACGAAAAUUUUUCGCCGAUCAUCGAUGGUCUUUACAAUUCAUUAAGUUGCUUAAGCAGUGUCGAUCCAAAUCCAAAAUUUAAUCCACUUAAAUUACUUCCAGGUUAA